AUGAGAGAUGUAAAGCACCACAAUUUAAAGUACAUCAAUCCUACAAUCGACAAUUUGUGUGUACGUAUACGAGUGAUACAGUUAUGGACACUAUCAAAUUACGGAAAUUCUCCAUUGCCAUACUCAAUUGAGAUGGUUUGGCUCGAUGAAGACACGAUCUUUGACAAAGAGGUAAAACAAGUUUUGGGAAAGAGCUGUGUAGAGAUACUUGAUCCACUCCUAUUGAAAGGAGAUCUAUCGGAUACACCUACACUUUUACUCAACCUAAUUGAUAAGAUCUUUCUCUUCAUCGUUGAAGUUCAAAUAUCUGAUAAUCCACAUUUUUCCCCUUCUUAUAAAGUUAAGAAGAUAACUGAUAAUGUGGAUCUCAUAAAUAAAUUCAAAGAGGCUCACCGUAUUCAAAUUGGAGGAAAAAUACACGCCUCAGUUAAGAAGGCUUUUGUGUCUCGAUUCGUGAAUUUGCUGGAGGAAGGAAUAUCUUACCAAAUAAGAUAUUUUGGUGUUGGACUCAAUAAGGGUUACUUCAAGACUACACAUCAUGAAUACGUGGUUAAUUUAAACCAACGUACUGAUGUGCACAGACUUCCAGAAUCAAAAAUAAUGGAGUGUGCACUUCUUGGCAACUAUGUACAUGAAUUAAAUACUUUUCUGGGAUCUGACUGUAAGGAUGGAGCUGUUGUCGUCUUACAGUUUGUUAGAGUGAAGUUAUUUAACGAAAAGAUUGUUUUACAAAAUUUCAUAUAUGGCAUAAAGAUAUUCUUCAAUCUUGAAGAUACAACUGUCAUCCAAUUUAAAAAUAGAUUUGAAGAAUCUAGAGGUAAUAUUGGCAGAAUUUCAAAUGAGGCUGCAUUCUUAAAAAUUUAUCAAGGCAAAACCAUCGAACAGUUAAAAGAAUUCGAUACGACUGGUGGUACGGCCAAUGUGAAUGCAACAGGUCCACAUAUGCUUUUACAAAAACUUUCAAAUGUUAAAGUUGUGGCCGUCUCCUUUUAUCUAUAA